GUCGGCUGUUUUGUCACGUAGAUAACACUCUGGACAUGAGCUCAGUCAAGACCAGACGCAGCAGUAGCUGAAGGAUGUUUACAGAGGCAGUUGUGUCAGCGGCUUGGUCACCUUUGCGAAAUGGAGGAAAUGUUUUUUGCAACAGGAAACGUGUGAAGGUGCAUGACUGAGGAUGACUGGACGGUCUUCAGCGUUUAUGGUUUCUUUGGGUUUCGGUCAUUAAUAUCUUCACCUGUGACAUCACUGUGUCAUCGCGACGUGGUCCAACUCCUCGCUGCAACAUGGACUGGGUGUUGAGUUACUUGAGGUCCUUCCUGGGUCUGCCUCAGACCCUCCUCACUUCGGGUAGGUGAUAAGCAGAAUUAACCAGCCGACCGGACAGUCGAGGUUUUAAACUAGAAGACUCUGGAAUUGCUAUGAAACGACGACGCAAGUAUUGGUUUUGGAGACGGAAGGGUAAAAACUUAAAGAUGUGUCUGCUCUGCUGUUGUGACAAGAAAGAAAAAGGCGACUAUUUCCAGACAAAGACCGUUGAGGAGGAUGCUUGUGUGGCAGUGAAGAUCGAGAACUCCCAAGCGCUCGGCCGGAGCCCGUUGUGUAAGCAGAAGAGCUCUCCCAGUGUGCAGGCGUGUCUAAGAAGAGCGUGCGGUGAGACGACAGUCAAGAGCAGCCCACAGGUCAAUGGAACACGUCCCGUCAGCCGACCGCGCUUGCCGUCCAAACCUCAAGUGCCUCCAAAACCACCUCACCUCCAAAGUCCAGUGACAGAAUUUUCGUCACCACUUGGCCACCGCCAGAGACCACCACUUCAGAAGGCCAUGGAGGAAGGAAGUGGUGGAGAAAGAGGAGGGACGAAAGGGGCACCAACUCGGGAGAGAACAAGAGAAUCCCCCAAACACUCCAAAGUGUCUGACCUGAUCAGUCGCUUUGAGGAGAACAGCAACGUGGAUAACAAGAGGGACAUCUCUCCGCUCAAACACAUCAGCAAGUCAGCCAACAGCAGCCCAGCUCACCACAACAACAGCAAGCAGGCCGGCAGGAACCACUCGGUGGCAGAGCUCUGCUCCGCGCCGGCUAAAACCCCGGAGGGACAUGAACCUGCCGCCAACGGCGACGUAGCAAAGAUGGAGCCGGAGAAAGUUGAGGAAUUGGUCGACUCGCCGGUGUUGGUGAAUGGAAAUAUGGUAGACGCCAACACAGACAAUGGUGAAGAGCCCUCGCACACUGAGGGGGAUGAUGCAGAAAACCACAGGGAGGACAAGGACGGUGAGACCCAGCACAAGAGUGAUGAAGAGAGCAAGGACCGCAAGGAGACCAACGAAGAGAAGCUGUUUAAGAUCGCCAGCGAGCUCUUGCAGACGGAGAAGGCCUACGUCGCUCGGCUGAACCUGUUGGAUCAGGUUUUCUGCGCCAAGCUGAUGGAGGAGGCCAAUAAAGGAACAUUCCCAGUGGACGUGGUGAAGGGCAUCUUCUCCAACAUAGCGUCCAUCAACACGUUUCACAGUCAGUUCCUGCUGCCGGACUUGGAGAAACGCAUGGGCGAGUGGACGUCCACGCCUCGGAUCGGGGACAUCCUGCAGAAGCUCACACCCUUCCUCAAGAUGUACGCCGAGUAUGUGAAGAAUUUUGACAAGGCCAUGGAGCUGCUGAAACAGUGGAGCGACCGCUCACCCCAAUUCAAGGCCAUCAUCCUGGAGGUGCAGAGUCUGGAGGUGUGUGGGUGUCUGACGCUGCAGCAUCACAUGUUGGAGCCGGUGCAGAGAGUUCCUCGCUAUGAGAUGCUGCUGAAAGAUUAUCUGAAGAAGCUGCCCGAGGACGACCCCGACCGACGGGACGCCGAGAAGUCUUUAGAAAUCAUCGCCACGGCAGCCACUCACUCCAACAGUGCCAUCCGAAAAUCCGAGAACCUGAAGAAGCUGAUGGAGAUCUACGAGAUGCUUGGCGAGGAGGAGGACAUCGUUAACCCGUCCAACGAGUUCAUCAAAGAAGGCCACAUCCUGAAGCUGGCGGCCCGAAACACCUCAGCCAUGGACCGCUACCUCUUCCUGUUCAACAACAUGCUGCUGUACUGCGUUCCCAAGUUCAGUCUGGGAGGACCUAAGUACACGUUGAGGACCAAGAUUGGCAUCGACGGCAUGAAGGUCCUGGAGACCACCAACGAGGACUACCCGCACACUUUCCAGGUGUCGGGGAAGGAGCGCAUGCUGGAGCUCCAGGCCAGCUCGGAGCAAGACAAAGCUGCCUGGAUAAAGGCCUUUCAGAAAACCAUCGACAUAUUCCAGCAGAAGAACGAGUCCUUCAAGAACGCGUCGAAGGAGGUGGAGGAAGUGUCGAACGCAGAAUUGGGGAAGCGCGCCCCCUGCUGGAUCCGCGACAAUCUGGUCACAAUGUGCAUGAAGUGUAAGGAGCCGUUCAACGCUCUGACGCGGCGGCGACAUCACUGCAGAGCCUGCGGAUACGUGGUCUGCUGGAAGUGCUCCGACAACAAGGUGGCGCUGGAGUAUGACAACAACAAGAUGAACAAGGUUUGCAGAGACUGCUACUCCAUCCUCACCGGGGAGACCAUAGCGGAGGGGAAGAAGAAGGGCAUUCUGGAGAUCGAGGCAGCGCAGUUCUCCGGCCGCAGCAUCGUGUGCGGCUUCCUCCAGUACUGCGAGAGGAACAAGCCCUGGCAGAAGGUCUGGUGCGUGAUUCCUGAGAAGGAGUGCUGGGUCCUGUACCUCUACGGCGCGCCGCAGGACGUGAAGGCCCAGAGCACCAUCCCUCUGGUGGGCUACUCGGUGGACGAGAGCGUCCGCUCCACCGACCCUCCGGCCAGUUUCCGACUGUCCCAGUCCAAGUCGGUGCACAACUUCGCCGCCGACUCGGAGGAUAUGAAACAGCGCUGGCUGAAAGUCAUUCGAGUGGCAGUGACCGGAGAGGUGCCCGAGUCCCCGCACACCAACGGCAGCGUGGCGGAGAACAACCCACAGGAGGCGCCAUCCGACGCCACAUAAGGGAACCACUCUGCCAAUGGACUCGUGGACUUGAAGAGUCUGUGCUGGAUGUGCUGCCUUUCCGUCUCGGAUUACAAACUGUGCUGGAUUACCGGACUAGUCUGGUGCGAUCAACCCUAGAGGAGGACUCUGUCGUCGGACAGACCCGCUGGACCUCCUGGUGUCUGGACCAGCGUGCCGACAAGCACAAGUCUGACUCCCAACAGCUGAAAACACAAAGUCAUCUCAGCGAAAACCAAACUGUGAAUUCAUGUUCCAAACGUCCCAAGCUAUUCAUUUAUGAAUCAUUCAUUCCCAUCACGCUUUCAAAACAAUUGGUCGACUGAUAAGUACCAGCGACUCACCUGGAGGUGUCAGUAUGGAGUAACAGGAAGGAGAAGUCUGCAAUAUUACCUUCUUCCUUUGUUCACCUUCCAAUGCUGACGUGAGAAAACUGGAGCCUUACUAAGGGGAGACUGAACGUGAGACUCGGCGGCACAGCUAGUGUGAGUGAGGAGGGAAGAUGUCAGGGUCAGUGCGUGUGGUUUUGUACUCGGAUGUGAGCACAGGUCCAGCUAUAGAGACAAACUGUAAAUGUUUUUUAAAUGCUGUAAUUAAUUUGUAUUAUUUAAAGUAAUUUAUAGACAAUGUACAGGCAUGAGGAUCUGAAGCGCCACGGCGGCGGCGGACGGGUCACACUGGACCCACUCGUGCGAGGAGCCCAGUGUUGGAACGAGAGCACAACAAUCUGAAUGUACACAAACAUUUUGAAUCAAGUCAAAGUGCGAAAGAAAGAUUAAAUAUUUGUCUCGA